AUGACUGAUUUUACUGCUAUGAUUAAACAUAUGAAUUUUGGUAGUCAUUUGGAUGUCACUGAUUUAUCUUCAUUAGCUUCAACAUCACCUCGCUCAUCUUCAUUUUCAAGCUGGAGAGUUCAAUAUAAAUCAAAUGAUCAUAAAUCUCAAUUGAAAGGUGUUUGGGAUGGAUAUGAAACUAAAGAUGAAUUCAUAACAAUGCAUCUUCGAUAA